UGACAGUUGCGGGUCUCAAGCUGAUCCUCCAGUUGACUUCCUCAGUGGGACAGAGACCAUGGCGGCGGCUGCUGCCUGCGGCCAGCACGGCGCGGCGCUAGUGGCCGGCGUUAGCGGCAAAAAGACGCAUAGUAACAGGGAACACAGUCGGAGGAACCGGGAGAACUCUCGCCGGAGACAAGCUGCUCUUUUGUUUCUGAGUAAUAUCUCGCUGGACGGACGGCCAGUCCACAGUAAUUCAGCCGAGAAUGUAGGAAGUCGCCACCACAAAGACCCCGACCUGGAGGGAGCAGACUCCGGCUCUGCGGCGGCAGCAGCGGCCGGGUUGUGCCCGGAGCUGGGUACCAACAGCUACGGGACAUUCUCCACUUUGGCAGCAUCCGCGAGCUACGGGAACGUCAGUCCCUCCACGGCACCGCGGCCAGGACUCCUCACAAUACCGCCUAUCCUCAUCCUGCCGUCGGACAGCGGGUUCAACGAUGUGGGCAGCGCGGAGGUGCUGAUGGAGUGCCGCAGAGGCUCGUUCCCAUCGCCGGGGAACCUGCUCUCCCCGUCCCCGUCAAACAACAGCCUGCUACCGUCGCCACUGGGACCGCGGAAGUCCUCCACACUGCUGUCAGUACAUAGCUGCAACUCGGUGUCCUCAGAGCCGCGACAAAGGACUCGUAACCUCUCCGGUGGGUCUCCCAAACCUCGACACGCUAAGAAGAUCCACUUCAUCAAAAACAUGAAACAGUAUGACACGAGAGGAAGCAGGAUCGUGCUGAUCUGCGCUAAGAGAUCUCUGUGUGCUGCCUUCUCUGUUCUGCCCUACGGAGAAAGCUUCUACCUCAGUGACCCCACAUUAAACCACCCCAGGAGGAGGCACUCAUCCGGUAACAUCUCCACCACCCUGGAGAUGCUGCCGGGGCUGGAGGGCUUUCAGCUGGACACCUACGGCAGGUCUGUGUCGUACGCCCAGUUCCUGUACCCCACUAACGCCCUGGUGAGGCAGAAGCCGUCGUCCACCAGCGACCUGACGCUGCAGAUUCCCGUGUCCAGGAGCACACACAGCAUGCAGGGCAGGAGCUGCCCGCCCAGCAGACUGAACAGCACUGUGGGACUGGACCUGGGUGUGGAAGAUGUGACAGACUACGACCCUAACCUCCUCAAUGACCCCCAGUGGCCUUGUGGGAAACACAAACGAGUGCUGAUCUUCGCCUCCUACAUGACGACGGUAAUAGAAUACGUCAAACCGUCCGAUCUGAAGAAAGACAUGAACGAGACGUUCAAGGAGAAGUUUCCUCACAUUAAACUCACUCUCAGCAAGAUACGCAGUCUGAAGAGAGAGAUGAGAAUAGUCGGGGAGGAUUGCGGCAUGCAGCCCGUCACCAUCGCGAUGGCGUUCGUCUACUUUGAGAAGUUGGUGCUGCAGGGUCGACUCAAUAAACAGAACAGGAAGUUGGUGUCAGCUGCCUGCAUCCUACUGGCUGCUAAGAUCAGCAGUGACCUCAAGAAACAGGAGGUCAAACACCUCAUCGAUAAGCUGGAGGAGCGUUUCAGGAUCAGCAGGAGGGAGCUGAUAUCGUUUGAGUUCACCAUCCUGGUUGCCCUGGAGAUGGCGCUCUACCUCCCUGAGAGCAAAGUCAUGCCCCAUUACAGGCGGCUGGUGCAGCAGCAGCAGUUAUAGCAGCGUUCACACCCCCCUUCCUCCCUCCAGGGACUCCCAGCACCUUCCAGCUCCACACUGUGACGCCUGGCUCAGAGGCACUGAGGAAUCAUCCUCCUCUCGGACACCAAAGCCCGUCCGCACUGUGACGGUAGAACGACGGCAGCGCCUGGCUCGACGGCACAGCAAUGCAAAGAGAGCAGCAUCGCCUUCUCUUCCUCCCUUAGAGACCAAAGUGACGACACUGUGAUCCAUGGCUCAGCAGCACCACGGGGAUCACUGGAGGUCAAAUCCAUCACAACCCCUCCAAAUCACAUCUUUUUAAAGGGAAUUAUGUUUGUUUUUUACACCUGAUUACACCUGGUUUGUCACACCUUUAAAAAAGGUUUUCCUCGCCUUUACAGAGAUUUCAGUCAGCCUUUAUGAAGCCAUUUUCAGCAGUUUCAAGUACUCCUCUCUAAAUUCUCUGCAGUGGAGCAGGUGAUGAACUUAUUGCCCAACCCCCCCAGAGCGAUAAAAAUGUGUUCCAGUAAUCGCUUUUUGGACUCGCGUAAUGUGACAUUUCACAUUUGGUCGGCUGAAUUUGGUUUUAGAAUCACUCAACUAUUUAAUGGCAUGGACUUAAUACACGUACCAGACCUGACUCUGAUUGUGCAAGUUGGUUUUGGUUUGUGUUUAAAAAAAAACUUGCAGUCACAGUCGAGUUCACAGAAAUCAAGAAAUUCAAGGACAGAAAAGAGACAUUUACAUCCAAACUAAAUCAAAACAGAAGCGCUGUUUUCAAAAAGUAACACCGAAUCAAAAGAUUUUCUCUCCAGCUGUUUUAGCUCCUUUCGGUUUAACCUAAAUUGAACAGUUUUUAACGUUCUAGUCAAAAACUGCUGUGGGCCAAAUUCACUGAGUGAAGAAAUUGACCAGAAAGUCUGAAAUAGCACUUCUUAUGUUGAGUUUUGUGCAUCUGACAAUCAUUUUGCUGCAUUUAAAAGCAUCUUAAAUCAAAAGUCUUCUCUGCAACAUCCCCAUAUUUUUGUACAAAACUUAAAUUGUGAAAUUCAGUUUAAGGUGAUAAAUUCAGGCCGUGAGGGGGAAUACUUCCAGCACUGUGGCGGCAGCAGUUUCCAGUACUUGUUUGGACUCGUCGUCGCUGUUUGUGUACUUUGAUUUGUCGAGGGGGAAGGUUCACUGUGCUCUGUGACACACGUGGAGCUGCAGUCUGCUGCUGUCAGACCGACGGUUUAGAUGUUUAAGUGCCUUACCGGAGGCCACCUGAAGUGUAGAUGAUCCUGUUCUGUCUGUCCUGAGCCACACAUUCAAACCAGCAACUUUAUCUUUACCUCUCCCCCGUAUUUUGACCUCUUUCUCGCGCUCAUGUUGUCGUCCCUCCUCCUUGCCAGUUUGGUGUGAAUGACCGGCUGCACACUCUGGUGGUCACAGAGAAGAAUUGCGUCCUUUGGGAACAACACUGUCACUGUCUCCGUCCCCUCCAUCCGGUUCACACAAACACUGGGUCCCACUGUAGGAGUCCAUGUCCGUUAUGGUCUGUCCUAGCAAAGCCACCUCCAAACGCUUCUUCAGAUGAAACCUGAAUCUUGCAGCCGUCUUUUACCCUAAUUUGGAGGAAACAACCGCUGUUUAUUUUUUAGGUUUUAACGUCCCAGAGAAGCCGAAAUAAUUAUACUUUAUUUGUAUUUAAUAUAUCAGCGUUUGGCUGGUGUCUGGCAUUAAUUCACAGAUGUUCCGUUAACACUAGAGCUGAAAUUAAAUUUAUCGGCCUGUAUCAAUACUUGAAAAUAAUCAUUUGUUUUUGUUUUUAUUUAGGCAAAAAUAUCACACAUCCACUGAUUCCUUAAUACUAAUUUUUUUAUGCUGACAUAACAGCUAUUUGAAUAUUGACUCUGAGAUGAGAAAUUGUAGUAUUUUUCACCUUUUUUGGACAUGUUGUGGAAAAAAAGGUUUAAUCAAUCGCCAAAAUAAAUGACAGUUUAAUCAACGCAGAACAUAAUCUUUAGUUGCAGCUCUAGCUAACAGUCGUCACUUUAUUUUACAUCCGUUAUUUUGUGCUGCGGGGCUGAUAGUGCUCACAUACGGUACAGUCAUAUAUUUUUAAAGUAGGCCGGUGCCAACGCUAAGGCUUCUUAAGGCGGACUGCAAACACAUUAUUCAUGGUUGUUGGAGGGAACUCACUGUAGCUACAGACGUCCUCAUUCUGUCUGCACUGUGACGGAACAUCAACUACCACAAACACCUCUCUGUUCAUGAACUACCUUAGAAAAAGGACUUUUCACUCAAAUAUAUUAUUUAUUCUGUUUUCACUGUAUCAUAAAGGGACAAAUAUUUAACCAAACAGAGGCCGACAGGAUGUUUGUGCCUGGUAACCAUUGGUUACAGGCGGCCAUGUUGGAGGAAAGAUGGCUGCACAAACGCUCCCUGUGGGGCCUCUGUUGUUUUUGCACUUUGCCUUUUUGCUUCACAAUCCUGAAUCUUUAUUUUAUCACUAAGUGUAAGGGUAAUAAUAUUUUUCUACAUUAAAUGUGUCGUUGUAUUAUUGUAUGUUGAAAACUGACAGUCACUGAAAUUGUAUUUAUUGCUAACAAUCCCCCUGAUGAGGAAUCAUGUUUUAAUCCAACAGCUGCGGUUGUGAACCUGCAGAUGAUGCAAAGCAUCUUCACACCAGAUCAUUAAGCUGAAAACUAUUUCAGAUACAGUUUAAAGAUAAAGCCUUUAAAAUGUGAUUCUUCAUCUUGAGGUUUCCCGUCAAUGUUCUUCCACUGAUGUUAUUUUCUGUCGUGUGUUAAAAGUGUGUGUGUGUGUUGUAUUUUGGAGUCUGGGUUCAGCGGCACUCGAGAGUCGGAGCAGGAGAGCUGAUGGGUUUCGCUUUAGAGAGAGUUGUGCUACACGAGACAAAACCGAGUCACGUCGGGUUCGCUUUGGGUUGCGUUCCAUUAGUGUGACGAGCUAACCAAUAGCCAAUGAAAGAAGCUAAUAUUUGGCAGCACCAGUUGCAUACGGUUGCUAAUGUCCAAUAAUUCUGUUAUUUUUAACAAAUUCCACAAAAAGACCAAAACCAACAAUGUGUUCAGACUUCACCAGCCCGCCUGUAUUACUCAGACAAUAGUAAAGAAUAUAUUUCUUAGGAACUAUUUUUAGAGGCGAUUCUGGGAGUUUUUUGGACACCAGUGGAACUCUGUGACACAGAGGAAUGAGCUCUCAGGCUUUGGAGUAAGUUUAAGUAUAGUGUAUACUUAUUAGUAGGAUCAAUUUAUUCAUUCAUUGCUGGUUUUAGCUUCUCAAAUGUGAGAAUUUGAAUUUCUUGGGCUGUGGAAAAAUUGAACGAAACCAGUACCGCCUGAAAGAUGAGAAAAGACAUCAUUGAUAGUAAAGGAGCUAGAAGUAUUUAAAGAAGAGGGUUUGUCUCAGUGUUUCUCUCCUGCUCUGACAAAGGUAGUGACGAAGAAUCCACACAGAGCAGAGUCGUUUAUUUAAACUGGUGUCUUUGUGAAAUCCACGCAAGUUUAUUUUGGCAAUAAACAGCGAAGCUUCUUUGGUUUAAGUUAAAAUAUGAAAGACGUUCUGAAUAGAAGACUCUGCCUGAGAGCAGGAACGGCAAACAAGCUUCCAAAUUUGUCUUCUCUACAUUAGAGAUUUUUGUGAAAAAGAUCCUAUGCAGCUUUUAUUCCGUCAGCUGACCUUCCUCCUCCUCCUCCUCCUCCUCCUCAGUGUGUUUACCUGUAACGUGCCACAGCAUUUAUUUUCACCCUCAUUUAUUUAAACCUCACGUUGGAUUUAGUUCAUUGUUUUGUAUCGAGUUAUUAUUUCAUUCUUCUUUGAGCACUGUAAGGCUGAAAAGGGAAAUAUUUACCAAGUGUUUGUCUUCCAUUAAUAAUUAUUGUUUUUACAUUUUAAGUUAAAUUUCAUUCUAAGUUUAAUGAAUUAGAUUUUUGUAUUGUGUGUUUGUCGGUUUUUUAUGGACAACUCGGACGAGCGACGCAGCAGUUUGCAGCCAGUCGAGGCAUUACAGGAAGUCGGUCUAUGAGAUCUUAUUUAUCUGUUUCUGGGUUCAGCUCUUGUUGCCACUUUUGUUCACUCCACAUGUAGUGAAACAGAAAACAUCAGAUUAAAGUUUUAUCAACCUGCUCGUACUGACGACACUGUCCGCAGAGACUGCGUUGGUCACGUUACAGGACAGUUCAACAAAAACAGAAAUAAGUGGCUGAAAAUAUUUAUAGAAAUAUUUUAUAAAAAAUAAAGACCGUAUACUGUUUAAACUGCCAAUGUUCAAUUCAUGUGAAUUUAUUUUCAUUAAAAAUAUGAAAGUGA